CAAUGCCAUCUGGAUAAAGCAUUAUUUUUUGACGUAUUUGCUCAAAGAACGUGUCGCGUUGCUAAACCACAUUGCUGAUCCAACUAUUUGUACGCGUAUUGAUAAUUUCGAUUUGUAAAAAGAUGGAGAAUUCAGAAAAAUCAGUCGAAGACACCAAAGAUGAAAGUAACAUCGAAAGAAUCACGUGGAAAGAUUUGGGACUCGUGGACACACUCUGCAAAACAUGUUUAGAAUUAAAAUGGAAGGAACCUACCAGAAUUCAACAGGAAGCUAUCCCUUUGACGCUUCAAGGCAAGGAUGUGAUUGGAUUGGCGGAGACUGGAUCAGGAAAAACUGCUGCCUUCGCGUUACCUAUACUACAAGCGUUAUUAGAGAAUCCUCAGAGAUACUUUGCGCUAAUACUGACACCUACAAGGGAAUUGGCAUUCCAAAUCGCAGAGCAAUUUGACGCGUUAGGUUCCAGUAUGGGUGUGAAAUCUGUAGUGCUAGUAGGUGGAAUGGACAUGCAUGCACAAGGCAUAAUACUCGAAAAGAAACCCCAUAUUAUCAUCGCUACACCUGGUAGAUUAGUCGACCACUUGGAGAAUACAAAAGGCUUCAAUUUACGACAGUUAAAGUUUCUGGUGAUGGACGAGGCAGACCGCAUCUUGAACAUGGAUUUCGAGGUAGAGGUUGAUAAAAUUCUCAGAGUAAUACCACGAGAAAGAAGGACGUUACUAUUUUCAGCAACGAUGACAAAGAAGGUGCAGAAGUUGCAACGUGCAUCCUUACGCAAUUUCGUGAAAGUUGAAGUGUCUACCAAGUAUCAGACCGUAGAAAAACUGCAACAAUAUUACGUAUUUAUUCCAGUGAAAUUCAAG